AUGACCUCCAGACAGGACUACCUCUGUUUUGGGCGAUCGGGCGCAAUGCUCUUCCAUUUUGAUGUCGUGAGGGCGAGCCGCCAACGUCGAAUACUUCUUAAGCGAGCUCCCAUGGUCUCGCGUUCGGGCGCUAGCCCGAGGCAACCAUCAGCUUCGGGACAUCCAAGCUCAUUCACUGACUACCUGCAGAAGUGUGCGCGCUCAAGUACAUCCAACCUCUAUCCGCGUCCUGCACCAUCGACAACAGUCACCUCCUCCCGGCUCGCCCUUGAGUUUGUAAUCUUUUCAGAGACUCUGGAGAGAGGUCAGAUUUCCCACGACCGUCUUUCUCACUGCGAAGCCUACUGCGAUCAAUCCGACCUCAUCUUUUCCACCUCCGUCUCUGCCUCACAAAGCAAACUUUGGCCGUUCCAUAACACCAUGAUGGCUUCCAGUGCGGUCAAGACGGGAGCUCCCAGCGGGAGUGGAAAGGGCCCUCAAUCGAACCCUUCCCCCAUGACCUCGAGUAACCCCUCCAUCCUCCUUGAAAAGUUCAACGGCAGGCGCUCGACUCCUGAUUCAGAAGCGCUUGUAAGCUCUGACGAGGAGGCUGAGCGCCAAGAACAUAUACAGCCCCCUCAACCUCAGAAGCCGACACGGAGAGCCUCGUGGUUGAAUGACACAACGAUAUCAACUGGUUCUCAAACUCGCAAGGCGUCUUUCGCAUCCAGCUCCAUGUCUCCAACAGCAUCGCACCCAAGCACGCCCUCCGCGGAAUCUGGCACGUGGGGCACGCACGUUCAAGGGAGCACCGGGAGUGGUCGAGGACAUCCGGCUCCCAGCGCUUUUCCUUGGGGCAGUGGUAUAUGGAAUGUCGACGCUCGAAAGGAGCCACCUUCACGGUUGACAGAAGUCCUGCCUUCGCCCACCUCAACAGGUCCUCCUGGCAACGCUUACUUCGGUGAUCUCAGUAACACCUAUAGAGACGCGCCAUCCAAUCCCAAUAUUCCUUUCGCCAUUCCACUUCACCCAACGCCCAAGACCUACAGGUCGCAAUCGUACUCUGUUGGUCAGCUCGAUCUUGACUCUCCUGGUUCAAGUACGGCCCCGGGAGCAACUCAGAUGUUCGCAGGUCGUGGCAGACCAAUGCAACACUCCAGGCUACAGCACAGACCAUCAAGACCGAGUAUGUUGAGCGAGAUGUCCAAUGAAGGGGGCCUGAGCAAUCUGAAAGAGGUCGACGAUGAUGACGAGAGCCCGAAUGGAUCAAACCAUGGCAUCACAUUGCAACAGUCGAACGAAGCAAAGACAAUUGAGCUCCUAGCACGUGAAAAUGCUAUGCUACGCCAGCAGCACUACCAGUCUCGGCUUCGAACCCGAUCUUCCACAAGCAACGCUUAUGGAUUAGCAGGCUAUGCUCUUCAAGAAACUCUACCCGAAGAGUCGGACUACGCGAUUGACGAGCUGGAAGAGUUGCAGCAAGACAUGCAGUCGAAGGCGAUGCUAGGCCGCAGAAUGAGCGAAUACGGAGGUGCUGGUCAAUCUCGGAUUUCGCCGUCUUAUGCCUCACUUGAAAAUCGCAAGUUGGAGAACGUCAAGAAGGCCUAUUGGCAGAGCUCCCCGGGAUUCAUCGGACUCUCGGAUAUUUCACAAAGUCGUCGACACUCCUUUGCAGAUGUCCUGUUACGACAAGGCUCACUCAGUUCGAUUGGCGAACCUCUCUCCGCACGUGAGACUUUGCAGGAGAACAUCUCGCCAAAGGACUACCAGAACAGGUAUCAGGAUAACUCCGGUUACGCCUUCAACGAUCACGGUAUGUCACAUCGAGCACGUCGCUCAUCGCAUCUCAGUCAGUCCGAGAAGCAGCGACUGGAAGACGACUUUGACGCCCAUCUCAACAAAUCCCUUGGUCUUCCCAACUCACAAAAAACAGCUGCCUCAUACUUUGGUGGGCCCGCUGCUCUCCCACGGAACAUGGAUGCGUAUGGCGUCCCUGCACACCAAACCCCGGGUCAUGCGUACACUAACGCCACUGUUCAAUACGGUGGGCGAGCACCUUCGCCACAUCGAAAUAUGUACGGCGUACCACAGCCGCGACAGAACCAACUCCUCUACAUUGUCCUGUUCAAGUGCUCGCGAGCUGAUGUCUUCUACGUGCAAGAGGGAACGGGUCUGGCAGUCAAGCCAGGAGACUUGGUCAUUGUAGAGGCCGACCGCGGAACCGAUCUUGGAACCGUCGCCCGCGAUAAUGUCGACUGGUCCUCUGCGAAAGAUCUCAAGGAGCACUACGCCGAAGAGCAUUACAAGUGGCUGAUGAUGUACUCCCAGGGUGCUGCUGGUAACUCGGAUGGCACUGGUGGCGGACUGAUGGCGGCGUCCAAUGGUCUGCAAGGGAGUGCCGUCGGCGGCAUGGGACCUCCAAACCAGCACGGAAUGCAAGAGCCAACGAACGGUGAGAUCAAGCCAAAAAUCAUCAAGCGGCUUGCUCAGCAGCACGAGAUUCAAGCCUUGCGUGACAAAGAAGGCAACGAGGCCAAGGCCAAGAGGGUGUGCAUGCAGAAAGUCAAAGAACACGGACUUCAUAUGGAGAUUCUUGACGCAGAGUUUCAGAUGGAUUGGAAGAAGCUGACCUUUUACUACUUUGCCGACGCGUACAUCAACUUCAAUUCUCUAGUCACCGACUUGUUCAAAGUCUACAAGACGCGAAUUUGGAUGUCUGCCAUCAACCCGGCCUCAUUUGCCAGUCCAUCUCUUGGUCUCCAAGCACCUAGUGGAAUUGGCCCUGGUGCCAUUGGUGCCACUCGUACUCAAACCGAAAGACGGCCCCAGCCUGCUGAGCAGCCAUCAUAUCCUCAGGUUUCUCGUGGCCUCCAGGCCGCUUUUGCACAGCCAUUCGUUCCCGCUCUUGACAGGGUCUCCAUGCCGCCGAAUGCCUUUCAGCCGUCAGGCUAUACCUAUGGAUACUCCCCAUCGUCCUUCAAUGUGGCUCCCCGUGCACCCUUUGCCUCCCUCGACCAAUACGGAGGCUUCUCUGCCCAGGUCGGCUACCAAGCAAUACCCCCACGAUUUUCGUCUUCUAAUGACGCUGCUCCAACUCACGAAUCUGGCGAGUAUGGUCGACACAACGGUGGCAUACCAACUCCAAACGAUAAUUGGGUCAACUCGUUCCAAGGUCUUUCCAUGAACAAUCGCUAA